GCGCGCUUGGUUUGUUUUUGCGUGAAAAUUACCAUUUCACUUGCGGUAUGUAAACGAGAAGGGCUUUCGUCGUUUCUCUAGCAGAACGAAACCUCCUCCGGUCCACUGCAACCAAAAUAAUCUUCCACCUGCUGUCCUAUCCCAACCCACUGUUCCUAAUAUGGCCGAAAAACGUCCGAAGUAUAUGAACUGGAUUCUGGAAUGCAUCAACUUGCUUCGCAGUCGGAAAUCCAGGCCCGACUUGGAGCGAAUUUGCCGGACGAUGCACAAGUGUCACGGAAUUGAUCAGAGAGAUACCGAAGAAGAUUUAGCAGCGCUCAUCGCUAGUGGCAUAGUGACAAAGAGGUCUUUUAAAGGGGCAAUUUCUUAUCGAAAUGCAUCUGGCUGGCACAGAGUAAUAGGUUCCGGCAAAGUUUCGAGAGCCGCCCGAUGGGUAAGCGAAGCAAUUCGAGCGCUAGAUCGUGGUUACGGCGUCAGCGCAGUAGAUAUUGAGAAAUUCAUCACCGCUCGGCAUCCUUAUUACCAUAAUUUGAAAGCAAGGAUCAAGAUCGCACUAAAGGAAGACUUAGAUCAUGGAAGAAUCUGGUCGAUAAGCGAGGGCAUGUAUCGGUUACUCGAAUCAGCUGAGGUAAGUCGCCAGAUGUUAACUAGGGGCAAUAUUCGCGGUUGAAAUAUCAUUAGAUCAGGCGUGCAUCUACAACAGCAGAGAAUCGAUACAUCAUGUGUAACACGUUUGCAUAAGACUCGGCAUUCUCUUGAAACAUAGUCAUUGCUCAAUUCUAAUUUACUCCUCUUACUUAGUGUAUGUGGCAUUUCUGAUUUCUCUUCGCAAUCCGUAUUACAAGGCAGAGUCGUUACGCGUGUCCUUAAUACUUACACGGAGUUUGUUUGCCAUUUACAGUCGUUCGUAAAGUAGACAAGUAUUUCCGCGUCACGCAUCAAUUAUAAUCAUCCUUUGCUUUUUCCUUUUUUUACUUUUUGGUCAAAUUUUAAAGCAAAAGUUAACCCUUCUAGACGUAGGAGAAAAAUAACAAAGACAACUUUUAUGCUAGCGUAGACGUGUGUGAUAGGAAUCGAAGGCGAAAACAACCAAAUUAAUGUUAUUUCUUUUAAAGAAAUGAUAAUCAUCAAUUUACUGAUAUUAGUUAAAAUAACAGAUACUGUACUGUAAUCCUUUGACUAUUACUUUUGUUUUGUGGUGAUAUUUCAAAAAUCAAAUUGAUCUUCAUUCUUGGCAAUUUAAAGGAGGUGGGGCCAAGGCUUGGUUUUUAACUCCCAAGAUUUGAUUGUUAAUUCCCCUUUCCAGCUGGUAAACAUUUCCUCGUAAAUCAGUAACAAUAUGAGAAAUGUAUGACGGAGAGCACUGCUCUCUACACAUUUCCAAAAGUGCUGAUAAGGAGAAUUUGCUAACCCUUAAACUCCCAAGAUCUGACUGUUAAUUCUCCCCUCUGGCUAAUACACAUUUCCCUGCAAGUUAGUUUCAAGAAUUUGAUGUCAGACCAAGAUAACAACUUCUACCUGACAAGUUUGAUUAUUCUCAUCACCUGUUUGCUGGCUAAUGUGUGGAUAUUAGAGAGAGAAGUUACAGGUUGAUCACUUUUGGGAAUUAAAGGGUUAAUAGAACAAUCAAGAGUUGGGGUUAAACCUCUUUAUUCUCAUGACCUUUAUGUGUGAUUCAGGGUUGAUGUUGUAAGGAGAAAUUAGAUGCUAGUCACUCUAAGGGUUUAAAAGGUUAAGGGUAUAAGGAUGCACUUUAAUCAUAAUUUUGUUUUUCUUCUCUUUGUGAUUUUCAGAGUCCUGAAAGAGAAAUUCCAGCAUGUGACCAAGUUUGCGAUUUCUGUCUACAAUCUGCAGCAGCAAAUAGGAAAGGAGAGCCAGAAGCUUUACUAAUUUGUAGGGACUGUGGCAACAAAGGUAUUUGGGGAUAAACUAUUUUACCCUUACAUCAGUAUGCACAUUUUCCAUACUGUUCUUGAUACAUUUUUUUAAGCGCUGACAAGGAGAAUUUGGUUAACAAUUAAGAACUUCUUAAGUUAGUGAUCAAUUUUUUUUUAUGUGAUGUUAAUGUUUGAUUCAGAGUUGUUGUUGUUGUGAAGAGAGAUUAGAUGGUGGUCACUCUUUUGGGUGAAACUGUCAAAACAGAUGUACAAAACUUUUUAUUUGUGAUAGUAGGAGAUUUCUUUAUCAUUGUAAUAUAGUCUAACCUGUAUUUAGCUGUCAGUUGCUUUCCCUUAAUCGCAAUAAUUUUCACCUCUUUGAAGCAGUUACCUCUAUUGACCAUUUAACUCCCAAGAUCUGAUUGUUAAAUCUCCUCUCUAGCUGCUACCCAUUUCCUUGUAAAUUGGUUAUGAGAACAUGGUGUUAGAUCAAGAUAGUAGCUUCUACCUAAUAAGUUUGAAUAUUCUCAUUACCUGUUUGCUGAAAAAUGUAUGGAUAUUGUAGGAGAAGUUUCAUGUUAAUCACCUCUGGAAGUUAAAGGGUUAAACACUGUUGGUUACCUCAGAGUGAGUCCUAAUGGCCCGUUUGAACUUUCUUUUACUAGAAUUGAGUGGUUCCUUAAAGCAAAAAUCCUCAAAUAAAACUAAGAAUAACCUUUCAAGUAGAAUUUGAUCCAUAUUUCUCGCCUGAAAUCAAUGUUAGUAGAAUUUUAGAGGGAGUUUUUGUACAAUUAGUGGUUAAUUGUGGCAUAAAAUGGUAGUUUUUUUAUCAUUUUGUUUUGAUAAUCCAAUUUUGAAACCUGCAUUACAUGCAAGUGGUCAAUCUGUACUGAAAUCCCUGUGGUUGAAUGCUUAAAAUAGAUUUGACUGUUCUUACAUCUAAAUUUUUGGACUUAGAUGAAAAAAAUCUUUGUUUGAGCCAAGGUAAGGCUUAGCGCUGUUAUCUUCAGAAAAACUUAAUUGUUCCCUUAACCCUUUCACUCCCAUAAGUGACCAAGACAGAAUUUCUCCUUACAAUAUCAAUACAAUAUCAAGCAGGCAGGUGAUGAGAAUAGAGAAGAAUAUCAAUCAUGGGAUUAUUAGUUGAUCCAAUACCAAAUUCUCUGAACUAACAUUAUAAGAAUAGUAUGGCAGAUAGUAAGGAGAAUUACUAAUUAGAUCUUGGGAGUGAAAGGGUUAAGUUAGUGAAUAGUUUCACCUGUGGAUAAUUUGAAGGAAUUUCUUGUCACUAAUUUGGAUUUGUUUUUAAAUAUUUUUUUGGCAGCCCAUCCAAGUUGUAUGAACUACACACCUGAAUUAGUUCUUAGAAUUACCUCAGAUGCCAGUGCAUGGCAGUGCAUCGACUGUAAAGCUUGUAUUAUAUGUAACGACAGUGGAGAUCCCGUGAGUCUUCAUUGUUAUACAGUGAGGUUGUGUAAAGUGGAACAUUGUAUUUGAUGUAGCUGUGUCAUUUUUAUGAAAAAUGUGGGAUGUUAACCCCAGUAUUUUCCUGGAGCAUUGGCAGGCACCAAUUUUUCUGACCACCUAUUUUUGAAACACCAGCUACUAUAAUUAGACAAAGCAGUAACACAUUUGUCUGUAUCUGAGAUAAAUUUUACCUGCCUGGCUACUGGAAAAGUUCAGAACAACAUGGUAACUUACACAUUUGGUAUGCUGAAUACACCAAUGGUGCAAAACUCUGAAGGAAAACACCCUUUGGCCAUAAUUUUCUUGAAUUAUGGUGUACAUACAUAUGUAUAGACUGUGGAUCCUGAAUCAAAAAGUUUUUUUGCGUGGUGAUAAAAUUUACCCCAAACAUGCCUCUCCACUCGGAGGAGUACUCCUGUGAGUAACUUCUGCCAAACCAUUUAGGAAAUGUGAGAAAGUUCAGGCAAGCUCCCAGGAACACACAGGGAAGUGCAUGGCAAAACCUGGUGUGUAUUAGCAUGCCUUCUAAGAGGUGGAGAGUACUUUAAGCUGUGGUUGCAUGGCCUAUCCAGCUCUUGUGCAGGACCAAUCUUUGAAUUCCUCAUUAAAGUAUCGCUUAUUCUUUUGUAUUAUUUUUUUCAGGGUAGUUUAUUAUUCUGUGAUGCCUGUGACAAGGGUUAUCACAUGCAAUGUCAUGUCCCUCCACUUGAAACUAUGCCUAUUGGUAAGAUUUUCACUAUAUGAUUUUGCACAAAUUUAGAAAUCUAAUGCUGAGUACCAAUAAUUCCUCCAAAAUGCACAAUAAAAGUGUUAAGAAAGAAAAAGAGGUUUGAAAUAAUGUAUAGAAGCUUUUUAAAUUUGUACUCUAAAAUGAAUCUAAGUGAACAUGAUAUUAAAAAACCUAUUUUGAUUUAUUUUUUUUCAAUCCAGUUAUAUCACUAUAAUUAUGAUAAUCCUUACACAAAAGAGGAAAACAUUAAUCUAAUUUAGAAUCAUAUUUUGCCAACUUCUAUACAACAAGAAAAAAAAUAAAGCUACAGUAGAAAUGAAAAAAUCUGAUUUUGAAAAUAAACAAUUUUUGAAAGAAAUGUUAGAGAUGUUUCAUUAUGCUUACCAUUCCACAUUGCCAUCAUUUUAUCUUUGGUUUCCUUUCAACAGGAAAAUGGGUUUGUUAUAAUUGCCAGAAUCAUCCAAUAAAUCCAGUACGUCUUUCCGAAUCCAGUGAUUUUGUAACUCAUGAGGCAAUUUCAAAGUCAGAAGCUGGCAACAACGUGAUGGGUGAUGACAUACCUCUUCAGUGCGAUGAAGAAAUGGGGGAAUGUACUGUUGAAGUGAAAGAUAUUCAUAUCCAAGGUGAGGAAAAUCAAAGUGGAUAAUGUUAAGGAACACUGGAAAUGUUGUUGUGUCUGAAAGUUAACCCUUUAACUCCCAAGGUCUGACUGUUAAUUCUUCCCUACCCCUUUCCUUGUAAAUUAGUUACAAGGUUUUGUUGUAAGAUCAAGAUAACAACUUCUACCCAAUAAAUUUGAGUAUUCUCAUCGCCUGUUUGCUGGAUAAUGUACGGAAAUCACAGGGAGAAGUUACAUGUUAAUCACUUACACUGAUCGUUGACUUAUUAACUUUUCCUCUGAUAGUUGAUGCUGAAAAUGUUCAGAGAGAACUUGAAAUGCUGAGCCAAUCUGAAGCUUCAAGUGACAACAAAACAAACUCAUUGGUACCUGCAAGAGGAUCAAAUGGUGAUUUGCAGACAGGUCACAGUCAAUCCAAUGGAGUUCAUUCAUCUGCAAAUCCAGGAACAAAGGGCAUUGUUAAUGGUUUGCCCAGUAAGUGAUUUACAUGAUGGACUUUAAACUGAGGUAGAAAGGUUAAGUCUGUAUUUGUGCAUAGCACACAGCCAAAAUAACCAAGGGGCAUUACUUUCCCCUCCCUCCCCCCCUCAUUCAGUCGUAUAUAAGUUAAUGCUUUGAAAAUUUUGCCAUGAUUUCAGUUGCAUGAAGUGCAAUAGAAGUUUUGGUCUUGAUGUUAAAUCAUGUUGUUGUCAUGAGCAACUGGCUCAUUUUCCCAGGGUAACAUGUGGUUGACCUCUUUUGGUGGGCUUUGAUAUUUGACAGUAGGCAUUGCAUAGCUUUUGAGAUUUUUGGAUACAUUUGUGUACUACUGGAAACAAGGAGGGUUACUCAUGACACUUGAACAAUAAAGAAAAACCAUGAGGUUGCUUCAAUAAUCCUUUGAUUGUAUGUUUACUAUGCAAUUGAGUGUUUUUCCUCUUGACUUUGACAGAUACCCCUAUCAAAGGAGCAGGUGGAGCUCAUGAUUCGGCUAAAGAUACAGAAAAAAGCAAAAGCAAUUUACCACCAGACACGUCACUUUGGACUGUUACAGAGGUUGUGUCAUUUUUCAGCUCUUUAGGAUUUCCAGAAGAGGCAAAGUCCUUUCAAAAUCAGGUGACUGCACUCAGUAUUUAACUUGCACAGUUGAACCUCUGUAAUCUGGACUUGCAGGGAUUGGGCUGAAUUGUAUGGAUAGUCAAGAGAUUUGGUGGUGAAACUCUUUAGGGAAAUUAGAUGCUCAUCACUCUGAGAGGUUAAAGGGUUAAAACUUCUCCUCUCUUUUGCAGGAAAUUGAUGGAAAAGCAUUGCUUCUGAUGUCAAGGAAUGAUGUGUUGACUGGUAUGUCAAUCAAGUUAGGUCCUGCAUUAAAGAUUUACGUCCAUGUUGCCCGGCUACAGAGUCAAAAUGGCACCAUACCAUCUUGACAAAUAAUGACUUUAAAGUCACAAUUUUUGUAAUAUAAAAGAAAGCUAAUAGUCUGUAUUUUUUUCCUAUUGUGUAGUUUUGCCUCAGUUGAAAAUAACUGUUGCAAACAAUUCUGUGUCAGGGUUAGUUUUGCUGUGUACAGGCAUUGUAAUUUGUUAAGAAAUAACACACAUUUCCACCAGUCAAACUUAAGAUAGAAGGUAAUAAGACUCAAACUGCACUUCCUGCCCACACCUCAUGCACUGAAUUGUUUUUAGACUAGCAUUGACUUGAGUUCUUAACCCUUAACUCCUAUUAGUGAUCACACUAGAAUUUCUCCUUACAAUAUCAAUACAAUAUCAAGCCGACAAGUUAUGAGAAUAGAGAAAAAUAUCAAUAAGGAGAUUGUUAGUUGAUCUACUAUCGAAUUCUUUGAACUAACAACACAAGAAUUGUAUGGCUGACACUAAGGAGAAUUACUAAUGAGAUCUUUAGGGGAAGAAUUAAAAGGAUCCAGGAUUGCAUAUUUCCAUUCAGCAAAGCAGUAUGAUUGAAGUAGAGAAUUAAUUUAUACUGUCAUGUGAAACAUGACAUCAAAAGUAAAACCAAAGUUAUUGAAAGCUGCUUGAGGUAGGGUACUGAUAUUUGCAUGUUUUGUUUUGUGGUGUUUACUCUUAUAUAUUUAUUAUCAGUCAUUGUGGUAGAACUGUGGUUUUCAUUGUGCAGCACUCAACAAAACUGUAACAAAAUCAAGGGCCAUUUUCCUUGGCUCUUUAGGUUUUUUCAAUUGCAUCAUUCAGUUUUCAUAUAGAAACUGCUGGUGAAAAGUCCACUCAAACUUGUUCCUGGGUCUUCUCUCUUAUUUCUGGUGGGAAGAGAGAGGACCUGGGGAUGAAGAUAUUCUAGUCAGUGACUAAUGAUAGUGAGGCAGGAAAUAUAAACAACAUUUUGUACACAUGAAGAAAAUUUGUCAGGGAAAAUUAAGAAUAAUUUGCUGCUUUAUUAGUAGUGUGAAUUUAGGGAUAAAUAUUAAGCACUAGUGUUAAUGCCAGUGCAAAUUGAAUAUUUCAUAACUUAGAUGGUCAGCUUGCUCUGAGAGUUUUCUUUGCAAUUUCAUUCACAGUUUGGAUGUUGUAGUAAAUUGCCUCAGGAUAGGGUGUUAUGAACUUUAUUAGGAAUGGUUUCAUAAGAAUAUUUUUUAAGUGUGUAAUCAAAUAUUUGUUUUUCUCCUAAAUUAUUUUUUGGUUCUUUUGUAAACUUGUCUCUUGUUUCCGUUUUAUGGAGGCCCGAUUGAUGAAGUUUAUUUCCAUUUUGUUGUGGUAAAGGUUUAUUUAAUUCAUUUGUUUAUCAGGCCUUACUAUACGUGUAGGUUUGUUGUAAUCAGAGUAGCAUUGAGCUGAUAGGCCUUUUAGCCCUUUAACUCUCAAGAUCUGUUUGUUAAUUCUCCCCUGUAGCAGUUACACCUUUCCUUGUAAAUUAUCAACAAGAAUUUGUUGUUCAAUCAAGAUUAUGAGUUCUACCUGAUUAUUUUGAGUAUUCUCAUUACCUGUUUACUGUAUAAAUGUAUGGAUAUUGUUAGAAGAAGAUAUAUUUUAAUCACUUCAGUGAGUUAAAGGGUUAAAAGACAAAAUAAACUGCAAUUUUUUUUAACAAAGAAGAAUUCUGUGUAUUUCUCAACUCACCCCUCUUUCUAAGAGAUCAACUACUUCUGAAGACCAAUCAAAGUGUAAUUGAUCAAUUUCUAUUUUUGUAGCGAUAGGUUACAAUAAGUCAACCACUUAGUGGGAACGGCUCUCCCAGAUUAGCCUGCGUUCCAGGGGCUCAGUUUGACCGUGGGCGGGUGAUUCGGAUUAAAACGCGCGAGCGAGAAGUCCUGCACGAAGGCCGUUCACGCGUGUUAAUGGUGUCAGUCCGUUCUCGCGGAGCCUCUGCAGCGCUGGCCAUCUCCUAAGAGAGUACAAUUUUUAACUACGUUGGGCAGUCAAUGAAAUAGCGAGGGCGCUGGACAGUGGACGGUGAGCUUAAAAAUAAAAAAAACAUAUGUGAGG